AUGGCCUAUUUUUACAAGUUGUUACAGUUGUUUUCUAAUCAAGUGAGAAGUUUAAUUGUCAAGAAAGUUAAAGAUGCAAAAUAUUUCGCCGUUAUACUUGAUUGUACUCCAGAUGCAAGUCAGGAGGAGCAAAUGUCUUUAAUUGUACGAUUUGUAGAUAAUUCGGCAAACUUACCUAUAGUUCAAGAACAUUGGCUAGAAUUUUUGAAGGUAGAUGACACAACAGAACUUGGACUUGCAACCGAGUUUCAAAAGGCUUUGAUAAAAAUUGAUCUCAAUAUUGAUGACAUUAGAGGGCAAGGGUAUGACAAUGGAUCUAACAUGAGCGGGAAGCACAAAGAAAGUAAUGAAGAUCCUAAAGUGAAGAGUGAAGCCGAGUCAUUAGCAACAUAUGAACUUCAAAAUUUUGAGUUUUUGUUUGGUAUGAUAAUCUGGUACAGGUUGUUGCAUGUUGUCAAUAUUGUGAACAAAUUUCUUCAAACCGAAUCCAUGGAUAUUGAUCAUGCUAUCAACCUCUUGCAAGGGCUUGUUUCAUUUCUUGAAGAAUACAGAGAAAUUGGAUUUGCUAUUGCCAAAGAUGAAGCGACAAAAAAGGCAAGGGAAAUGGGAAUUGAAGCUGUAUUUACAGAAAAACGCAUAAUUCGAAGGAAAAAACAAUAUGAUGAAAGCGGUAGUGAUGAGGUAAAACAAUCAGCAGAAGAAUCUUUUAGAGUUGAUUUGAAAAGGUUAAGGAGUGCAACUUUUUCAAGUUUGUUCAAAUCUUGUUUGAAUCUUGAGAAAUAUCUUCAACAUAAUGGGCGUUCGGAUAUUAGUGGGGAUGAUUUAUGUUCGGAGUUACAAGUCUUGAGAUAUUAUAUACCAAGUGAAGCAACAAGAGCAAUUGAAGUGCUACAAUAUUUGAAGACAUUGGAUGUUUGUUUUCCAAAUGCUUAUACUGCUUACCAAAUUUUAUUAACCAUACCAGUUACAGUUGCACUGCGGAAAGAAGUUUCUCAAAAUUAA